UUUAGAUAUAAUUAAGAAGCUCUUGAUAUAUUGUUUGCUUGUAUAAAGCAUACAGAAAUUGAGUGGAGAGAGUUAUAUUGGAUAGUAGAGGCCCCACGACGAGAAGUGAGAAUCACCAGUUGUUUUAAUCGGCUUAGAUAGAGCAGCACAUGUGGCACAAACUAAUUGGAACCACCUUCAUUCGGAUAGGAUAACGGAUCACAUUUGCAUCAAACAUGUAUCACAACGCACUAUAUUUUUAACUAAGCACACAUACACACACACACACACACACACACACACACACUCACUCUUCUGAGAAAAAGAAAAAGAAAUAUAGUUAAUUUGCAAUGGCAUCGUCUAUGACCAUGACCGCCUCGUUCUUGGGUGGUGCCGCCGCUGCUAAGCAGGUCCCGGCCAGCAACCGCCGCGGUUCGUUGGUGGUUAGAGCCUCAAAGAUGGUGGAAGACGCGAGCAAGGAGGAGAGCAACAAUACGAGAAGGGGCCUGAUGUUGGCGGUGGCCGCCGCCGCAGCAUCCACCGUCGCAAAAGUUGCCAUGGCCGACGAGCCCAAGCGCGGAACUCCAGAUGCUAAAAAGAAGUAUGCACCUGUAUGCGUCACAAUGCCUACCGCUCGUAUUUGUCGCUAUUGAUUAAUCAUCCAUGUUAAUAAACCAUCCAAUUUAUGCUUUUUUUCAUCAAUCAAUGCUUAAUUUCGGAGAAAUGAUGUAAAAUCGUAUUCUUGUUGCUAAAUUAUCGUAUUUAGUUA